AUGGCUGAAGAAAAGAUGUCUUGGAAGGAUACCAACCUGGCUUUGAUCGGGUCGGAUAUUGAUCACAAGUGCAAGGAAGCUGCUGCCCAAGGAGAAGAUGCCUGGGAAGGCAUGGGAGAAACACCUGAACUUAAGGUUUGGCGCAUUGAAAAGUUCACAGUCAAGCCAUGGCCUAAGGAACAAUACGGUGAAUUCUUCAAGGGAGAUUCCUACAUUGUCAUGAAAACCUACAAGGAGGAUGACAGUGAUGCGCUGAAGCACGAUAUCCACAUUUGGAUUGGUGAGGACAGUACCCAAGACGAGUACGGUACCGCCGCUUACAAGAUGGUCGAAGCUGACGACUUCCUCGGUGGAGCUCCAGUCCAACAUCGUCAAGUUCAAGGAAAGGAAUCUGCCGAAUUCCAAUCAUAUUUCGAAUCUCUCCAAUACAUGGACGGUGGUGUCGAAAGUGGGUUCAAUCACGUCGAACCAACGGUUGAAAAGCCAGUUCUUUUCCGUGUCAAGUCUUCUGGAAAGAAUAUGCUUAUGACUCAAAUGGAACUUUCCAAGAGUUCGUUGAACGAGGGCGACUCCUUCAUCUUGUACGGAGAUAAGGCCAAUGUCUGGUGCUGGAAUGGAAAGGCUGCCAAGCCAUUGGAAAAGGCCAAGUGCAACCAAUGGGCCGAGAACAUGUGCACCCUUGGAACCGCCACGGUGCUAGACCAAGGCGAUGGUGACGACGAGCACCCUGACUUCUGGGCAUACCUUUCAUCCGGCGAAAUUGCUUCUGCCGAAGCAGCCGACGAGCCCGUCACUGAGUUCAAGCCCAUUCUAUUUCGUGUCGAUGGAAACCCCAAGACCAAGCUGAAGGAAGUUGCCAAGGGUUGCUUCAAGCAACGCCCUGGAAAGCUUGUCCGCGUCCUUGACAAGGGAUCGUUGAACGAGGACGAUGUGUUCCUCAUGGAUUCUGGAUGGGAAAUCUUCGUCUGGAUUGGAAAGGCUGCUGACACUUCAGAAAAGAUUGCCGCCAUGGGAGCUGCUGAUCGUUACGCCGAGAUGGAACCUCGUGCCGCCGACUUGCCCGUAACGAUUGUCAAGAGUGGAAAGGAAUCUCCUUUGUUCAAGUCUUACUUCGGAAUGUAA